AUGCCAGUCCGAGACCGGUGCCCACAUUUUAUUCACACCAUUCGCGGCUCGCCUAGUUCGGCUCGAGUCCGCGUCUACCAAAGGAUGGAGGCGAGGGUUCGUCUGUACAUUUGGAACCACUUGGGACUCUCCUGUCUCUUCUGUCACGCACACGCACACGCACACACACACACACCUAAAACACAAGUGAAAAGAGCAAUUCGUGGAUGCGAGUGUUGGUGGAGGACUCGGCACGAGCCUAAGGGUGGUGUAGAACUGGGGCUCGGCCAGGACGGGACCUUUCAGGCGGUCGAGAUGACCGGAAACGAGCUGGCCGACUACAUACACCCGCUGGACCAGGAGGAAGUAAAGCAGCUCUUGUCCAUCCAGCCCGGCGAACUGACCAAUCCCGGCGAAUCUGGCUCCGCAGAGGAGACGGGUGAGUUAACUGUACACACACACACACACAAGUUCACAUGA